AUACUAUUAAUACUAAGUUUAGAAGUAUUAGAAACAAAAGAUAUCAUAAACUUGAGCCUGUUAAAGAAAUUGAAAAUGGUAUUGAUAUUAGUAGUGUUACUGAAGAACAUGUUAAAAGCCUUAAUAAUAAUGAAGUAUCUUAUACUCGAAAAGAAGUUGAAAAAAGAUUAGCA